ACGUAAAAUUUCUUUUGAAUUUUCAGUGAAAUUUGUCAAAACCUUUCUGUUAAUUUUGUCCAACUACCCUGUACCCCGUGAAAAUAGCCACUGCGUUAAAAUGAAACAAUUAACGGAUGACCGGAUGAAAGUAUUUUUUGAAAAAUUGUCAAAGUACAUUGGCUCAAAUAUAAAGUUAUUAAUUGAUCGUUCAGAUGGAAAAUACUGUUUUCGUGAGAAGAAAGAUCGAGUUUAUUAUGUAUCUGAAAAAGUAUUAAAUAUGGGAUCCAUGAUGAAUCCUGAUAACAUAAUUAGUAUAGGUACAUGUUUUGGAAAAUUUACCAAGUCUGGAAAAUUUAGAAUACAUAUAACAUCUUUAGAUUAUCUAGCUCCAUAUGCUCAGCAUAAAAUGUGGAUAAAACCUGCCGCUGAACAACAAUUUCUGUAUGGUCAUAAUGUUUUAAAAUCUGGUCUUGGGCGAAUUACAGAAAGUACUACUCAAUACCAAGGAGUUUUAGUAUUCUCAAUGAGUGAUGUUCCUUUGAAGCACACAGUAGUUAGUU